GAGCGGUUUCUCCGGAAACACAACAAGUAUUCCCCUUUCUUUUCAUUACAAUGCAGAAGGGGAAUGAGAUUCCAUUGGGAUACCUCUGUGAUGUGCUUCCCAGUCUCACUCUCAGUACUCACACUUUCCUGACUCCCACAAGUUCCGCCUGGGUCAUGGGGUUUGACAUUGAGCGUUUCCUGGGGUAUGUCAAUGAGGGUCUACUGUGCUGUAUAUGUCGGGAUGUACUUGAAGAUCCACUACAAGCCCCCUGUGAGCAUGCGUUCUGUGAUUCCUGCAUACACGGAUGGCUCGUUCACCACAAUAACUGUCCUGAAGACAGACAAAGACUGGCUGUUACUGACCUAAGGCCUUUGCACAGGUACAUGCGGAAUGAUCUGAGUCGGCUUCAGAUUCGGUGUAAUAACUGCAGGAGCGGCUGUGCAAUGGUCUGCUCUCUGGAUUCCAUAGACAAACAUGAGAGGGAGUGUGAAUAUGGACGCAUGUCCUGCAUGAACACGGGUUGCCCGGCCCAGUUUGAGAGAAGACAUCUGGAUGGUCAUUUGGCAGUGUGUGAACAUCGGAGCCGGGAAUGUCCCAAUGGCUGUGGCUAUGCCAUUCUCAGUGCUGAGGAUUUACAACAUAAUUGUAUAGCUGAGCUACGAACAGAGCUUGAACUUCUAAGAUCUGAAAUGAUCUGCAGAGUUGAAGAAACCAAGCAGGAGAUGGAAUCUAGACUUGACUCUCAGAGAAGACACAUGGUGCAGAAGGAGAGUAUUGUACAGGGUGAAAUGGAAGAGUUGAAGAGUCAGAUGUCACGGCUGAUGACUGAUGUGCGAUCUCUGAUGGCUUCAGAAAGACAGCAUCGCCAAGACCUGGAUCAGGCAGGCCUGGAGAAGCAGGAGCUGAUGGAGCUACUGAAAAGUUUACAGAGAGAAUGCAGAUCUAAGAGCAACAAUGAAAUACACAAACCUUCCAACAGCCGCUCUCUGACCCGCCUGGAAAGCAUAAAGAGAAAACCCAGGGAAGUCAGUGUUAUCUAACUUGUGUAACAUCACUCAGGAAUAUUAUAGGAGGUCAGCCUCAAACCAAUGUGGAGAAUCUCAGGUAUUCUGGCUGUUGGUUAUUAGGCAUUCAUAGUCUGUCUACGCAUGGUGAAGGAAGCUUGGACACUGUAUCCACACAUACAUCUUUUUAGACCAUCAAAGUUAAAAACAAUGAUCCUGUGUUCCAAUUCCUUUCUAUAGGUUUAAUGAUACAGUAGGUGCACGUAAGCCAUAUUUACCACAUAUCACACAAGGUUUUAUUGAAAUGUGUCUUUAUCUAGGUACUCUCAUUGUGGAGCCUAAUUAACAAUAUGCGGCAUCAGGCCCAAAUCUACCAGAGCAAUUAAUUUUUGCUCAGCGUCGGGACACCUGUUUUUCUAAGAAGCUGUACCAACAGCGGAGCAAUAUUGAAUGUCUCCGAUAGAGCCCUAAUACAAAAUUCCGUAUUUCGGAAUAUUUGGAUAUGGGAUACUCAACGUGUACUACUAUUCUUAUCACUGUUAGUAGUUAUGCAACUUGACCCUGCCAGGAAUUGAUAGUGCGCAUGUGUAACCUCAUGUCAUGAAUGUACACUGUCCUUGAGAGCCAGAUGGAUCCUUUGCUGGAAUCCCGAUAUCAUCCUAUAGGAAGUAGAAGGACUCAUUGGAUGCCAGUCUUCCAGAGCUAAAUGUAAUAGGGUGCGAUUUCGAAAAACGUGUGAUUUGUACCGUAAAUUCACACGUUUUCCGAAAAUUGCAAAUGUAAUAGCUUGCGAUUUUGAUAUAAAGCGCAAGUUUUUAACAUAUACCAAAAAUCGCAAGUACAGAAUCGCAUCCAGAUGUUUUCCCAUUGAAAACAAUGAAAAUCGCAAAUGUAAUAGGAUGCAAUUUUAACACUUACUUGCACACAAAACCUUACCAAAAAUCGCCAGAAUAAUAGACCAGGUUUAGACUGGCGAUUUCUGUAGAAGCAUGCACAGAUCAGUGUGAUCCAUGCAUGCUUCUGUCUGUAAAAAGUUAAGAAAGUGUUAAUAAUAAAAAAUAAAUAAAAAAGAAGUGCUGGUUACCACCAAAAGCAUAAGCAGCCGGUC